AAAAAAAUCAUCAGGAGAAGCGGCGUGCACGGGAAGCCAGGCGACGUGCGAGCCCUAACAUUUCCUCUGCUGCGGCUGCCGACAUCGCCGGCCGAACCUCCUCCUCCUGGCCGCAAGCCACAACCCACCGCCUCUCACUGCCGUUGUCGCCUCCUCUCGCAGGCACAUUGAAGUCUUCCAGUAUUUUCUCGUCAGCCUUCAUAAGAGGACGAACAUUCUUAGACGAUGGAAGGAGGACCAGGAUCAUCCUCGAGUCCUCCAAUCAUGCAAGAUGUCCACUCUGACUCAUUAGUGUCAGGGAACUCUGGUGGUGAUGGCUCACCAUUAGUGGCACGUUUAAGGAAACUUCUCUUUCGUCGGAUGCUUGUGGGGGUCAGUGAUGGACGGUUCUUUUUGGGUGUAUUUCAUUGUAUUGACAAACAAGGCAACAUCAUCCUUCAGGAUGCUGUGGAGUAUCGUAGCGUUCGCCAGUCUUCUUCAUCACCAAUGGAACAGCGAUGUCUUGGGCUUAUCCUGAUUCCUGCCAGGUGCCGAUCUUCUUGCCAUGUAGAAUGCUCCAUAGAUGAGCAGAUGUCGCUCCUAUCACUUAAUAAAUGAAGGACAGGGUUGUGUGCUACUAAAAGAAAAUAAAAGAUUUUGUUAUCUGCUUGGUGGCUGGUGUGCUCCAAACAAAUGCUUUCAUUACUUCUGCUGCCUGUGAAGCUCCUGGUCUGGAUUAAGGCACGCUAUCAUCUCACAAACCAUGCCGAGAACUUUCUUUGGUGACUGUUUCAUUCUGAAAUGCAUUGCAUUUUGUCAAGUCUCUAAUUGUAUGUGAAUAGUUGAUCUUUGUUCUGCUCAAUCUGUCAUUCCUGUGUUAUGCUCUUCAGCUCUUCGAACUGCCCUUGAACUUGUAUAUGUUCUUGUUUUUGUUCAUCGGAGUCUUACUAUUUAUUCA